UACUUGACCGCUUUUCCAGGUCCGAAGUGGCGGUACAACACCUCGCUACAUCCGCCAGUAAUUUUCAGCUUUACCCAUAUUCAUCCGUGCACGCGGAACAAAUUUACCGCUAUAGGAGCCGCCCAGAGCAACUAACCGGUCAUCAUUAGCCGUGAUGCACUGCCCUUUUUGCUUGCUUUUCUCGUCUCGAUAUCAUGGCACGACGAUACCUAUCGUCACGUUUGUCUCCAUAAAUGUCAUUCUCUUGUCCGGGACUAUAUACCUUAACUUUCACAACAUUAUCGGGCGCUAUCUCGCUCCUCAGUAUCAGGUGCAGCCGCUGCGAGCCAUAUCCCAGUCUGCGCGACUAUCUGAGGUCAAACCGUACACAUAUGCAGACUUUCUACCAUUGUCAACGAGUGAAGAUCACUCUUUGGUGCGGAGCACUGCAUGGGUUCCCUUGAGCUUGAGCGAGUGCACCUUUGGUAUGCCAGGCCAUUACGCGCCGUGCGUAGCGCAAAGGUUAGAACAGAAGGUCCUCUAUGCAGAAGAGCUUCUCUACCCGUCUUUCGAGAUUCGCCAGCCUUAUUUUGCCUCGGAAGCACAUAAGGAACGAUGGAAGGGGGCUGCAAUGAGAAUCAUAGAGCGUGGGGUGCUACAGAAUGACGGUUGGCUCGUGUAUAAGGGACAAUCUGGGCAUAACUUUGUGUUUGAAAACGUUUCAUACAGACAUUCAGACGUCUAUGACCGCUGGUCGGCUGAUUCGUGUAUGUCAAGCCUCGUUUCUUCGGACGGCCUCAAGAUAUUUGACCCGCUUGAAUUGCUGGGAAGGUCCAAACCCCCCACCAUAUAUCGAAAUGCGAUGAUAGCCUCCUCACCCAACUUGUCCUCCUUCCAACACCAUCUGGACCGUAUAACUCAUAUAGUCACUCAGGGCGCACAUCUCACCCUUGGCAGUGAUCUCCCAUAUGUUAUCACAGGACGGCAAGGCAACCAGUUCGUGCAACAGCUCUGGGAAAGACUGGGCUUUGACGAUGAACACGUCUUGCACAGCGUCAACACAGAUGUGUAUGCGGAGAAUAUGAUCUUUUCGUGUCGGGCGGUCUCGGUUCAUCCGUUUCUCUCGUUGAGGACGCUCGAGGCUUUUGCGAUUGAUUCGAUGAAGGAGUCCUCUACCAGGAAUAAGAUCAUGUACAUAAUACGAUUCAACAUUCAUGCUAAGAACGGAGGACGCAGGGUACUCAACGAAUAUGCGCUUCUUGAUGCCAUCCAUGCGCUGCUUGCAGAACGAGGCAAGGGAGAAGAACUAAUCGUCUUUGAUGAAACUCAAUAUGGUUCUUUGUCCGAAAUCUUUGACUACUUCAACGAGAACGUCAUGGCGGUUGUAGGCCCUCAUGGAGGAGCUAUGUAUCAUCACCGCUGGGCGGCUCGAGGCACGCUUGUCAUAGAGAUGAUGCCUACAACGUUCACCUCCAUGGAAAUAUACGAAGAAGCGCCGGUACUUUCUCAGACCUAUGCGGCGUUGGUGGUUGAGCCUAGCUCCCCAGGGGGACGGGAUAUGAUCAUCAAUCCUGAGGAUGUAACGAAGCUCUUGAGGGAGCAUUUGGGCAUACCGAUGAAGAGACCGCGUCAUGCAAAGCAUAUGGGAUACUUGGUAGUAGAGGAGACGGACCAACCUGAUGAUGAUCAUCUGGCAGAGGACCCACUGAGGGCUAGCUAUCAGUGGAGAGAAAAGGAGCUUGGAUUUUGACUGUAGCGAUCUGCUUGUCAGUAUCACGGAACAAGACCGGACUUGGAACUCAUGGAUAACAUAUCUAAUUGCGCUACAUUUCGGCGCAGAUCUUGUAUGCUGUUUGGGUUCGUGUCAGUUGGUGAUCGUGUAUCACCGCGAGAAAUUAGCAGGGUCAAUGCCCGAUCAUCUCAACCGCAGAUUCAAACCAAUUAGCCCACCACCGGGCGUAAAAGUACCAUACAUGUCC